AUGAAAACAUAUCUCAUUGUGGUAACUAUUGUGUUGGUGGCAGUGUUGUUGACCUAUAAAAAUAAAAUAGAUCAUCCUGCCAAGAGAUAUGCUAAAGGUGAUGCAGUACCCAUUUUAACAAACAACCGAUUGUAUUCAAGACAUACACUUAUCUUACAAGACUAUCAUAUUCUAUACAAUCAGAUCUGUAGCAAUGACGAUGAUAUCUAUAAUAAAUUAGUACCGGAGCGUUGUAACGUCGAUAGAAUAUUAACAAACAAUGAAUGGAGUGUUAGUACAAUUUACAAUAUUACAUAUUUAAAUGAUAUUAAAUGUAAUGUUAUUAAUGACAAUCAUUUCAAAGAUUGUACGGAUACACAUAUCGAUAAUGUACAAUUAGAACUUCUAAAGAUCUUGAUCGAGAAUCAAUAUCUCUAUCAAUUAAGAUUGGAUCAAGGUAUUCCAAUUAGUAAUAUAUUCAAACCUGGAUAUUAUCAACAUGGUUUAAAGAUUGGUUCAAUUUUUAAAGAUAAUAAUAAUAAUAAUAAUUUAUAUAUAAAUAUUAAUAACCAUUUAAAUAUUAAUAUUCUAUAUUCACCAGAGAGUAAUAAUAUCGUUGGAUUGGAAGCUAAAGCAGAGAGUAGAAGACACUCGAUGAUCAACAAGGGUGAAUGUACAUUGGAUACGAAACCUGCAACGUUGUUGUUCUCUACUUCGUCGAUGGACUCUGUCAUGAGAAGACAUCCAUUGGUUUGGAGUUACAGUGUGACAUUCAAACCAGUAGAAGACGUACAAGAAUACUAUAGUUUUAAUAAUAAUAAUAAUAUUUUCAAAGCUCUACAAUCAAACAACACUACUGCUAAUCUCUAUUUAUUAUUAUCUCUAUCGCUAUUAAGUUAUUUUGUAUAUAUUAUCAUUAAUAACUUAUCACCUUCAACAACAACAACAACCAAUAACAAAAAGUUAAUUGCAACCAUUCCAAAUACACCAUUGAUAAAGUCACCUUCUUAUCUCACACUACACUCUAUGCUUGUUGGAUAUGGUGCACAACUACUUGUCAUCCUAUUGGUUCUAUUGUUCUCCUCACAUAUGACAUGGUUAUCAUUCAACAGUAUCAUUACAAUUAAGAGUGGAACUUUUAGUUUAAUUCAAUUAACAUCAUAUAUUGCAGGUUAUUAUUCAACUUCAAAUUAUUUAUUCUUUAAUACAAACAACAAUAAUAAUCAAUGGAUAAAGAUUUGUUUGAUUACAACACUAUCAUUACCAUCAUUAUUAUAUAUUAUUCUAUUGGGUAAUAAUAUGAUAUUGGAUGAGUAUAGAUCGACUGCAGCUAUGCCAUUGUUAUCGAUAUUAAAGACGCUUGGAUUCUUCAUUGGAUUCUAUCUACCGGUUGGAAUGCUCGGUGGAUACUAUGCAUCAAAGAAUCAGUAUUCAUUGUUGAAGAACUAUAGAUCAUCGUCAGAUAGCACUGUUCAGAAUAUAAAGAUUUAUAUCUCAGUGCCAAGAGUAAUCACCUACUUUAUGAAGCCGGUUGUCUUGAUUCCAUUGGUUGCACUAGCACUCUAUUGGCUACCAAACAACACACAGCAACUGUUCAUCAAUGGCGAUGACCUCGGCUAUCACAGUGAAUUCACAACCAUCACAGUUCAACUUGCACUACUCAUUGUUACAACCAUAUUAUUAACAAUCAUUCAAACCUAUCUAUCAAUUAUCAACAAAUAUGGAAAUAUUUGGUGGCUACCAAUGAUAACAAGUUCAGUGUUGUUAAUAUAUCAAAUUGCCAAUAUCGUACAGAAUGCAGCUAACUACUCUGAUCUAAACGGUACAAUGGUAAUCUAUUAUACAAAGAGUAUUCUAUAUGCUUUGUUCACCUCUAUUACUAUUGCAUACAUCUCAAUCAGUACUACAAAAUGGUUGAUUUCAAACAUACUUUCAAAUAAUUCAAAGUAA